AUGUCAAAUCGCAAUCGCAGCAGUGACGAGUCCCCUCCCGACCCUGGGAGUAUAGACGGCCAACAUAUCCAGGCACCGGCGGGAGGCGAAAAUAAUAACCGUAACAACGUUAAUAACCGCCGCCGCCGUAGCAAUACCUCCAAUUACCGCCGCACCAGUCACGACACCAAUCCUGGUAUUGAGCAAGUUGAGAGCGAUGCCGAACCUGAAGGCGAAAAUAAUCGGCGUAACAACGCUAAUAAUCGCCGCCACCGCAAUAACUCCCACACCAGUGACGAUACCCCUCCUGGUAUUGAGCGCGUUGAGAGCGAUGACGAAGAGGAAGGCGAAAACAUCCCAGUUUACGAAGGGAAUUUCUCCGAUGAGGAUGGCGAGGCAGUAUUAUUCCUUCAACCUAUGUGGUCAACACCGGAGCUGCUGGAUCAUACCGCGCAAACAUCGGGUUUACCGAUGGAAGGAAGUGUCCUUGCUUGGCGCGGCAACGGCCCCGGAAAAUCAGUGAUAGUCGGAUAUGCGUGUGGCGGGUUCGUAACUGCACGAUUAAUCCCAGCGGCCCGGCGUCACAUUCCCUCUCGAGCACCUAAUAUUUUAGAACAAAAACUUGGCCGCCGAAGAGACUAUAUCCGGACCGAAAGAGAUAUUCAAAGUUGGGGAAUAGUCGCAUGGCGAGUGGAUAAGAAGUCAGUCGACCAGGACCCAAUAUCCUUAUUGAAACCGAUGAACAGAGCGUGGUAUCCAGAGACAUAUGUCUAUAUUCAUUGGUGGGGUGGAGAUGCGAGUUGGGAAUCGCGGGACAAUCUUCGAUUCGUUUGUGCUAGCGACGAGCUAAAGACAGACAUGUUAAUCUACAAUGUGGCGAAGGAGCAAGAGGCCAAUUACCGCGAGGCACUUACAGGAGUGAGGCCAGACUAUCCUCCGGCGAAUACCCAUAUGACAAACGACCACUGGAGAAAUGUGAAUGCAUACCGAGGUGCACACUGGUUUCAUCCACGUGCUGAGGAAAAUAGGCGCAUAACGACCAUCGGAUACGAACCAGUUAUCUCGAGAGAGGAUAACUCUCAAGAAUUCGAUAGCGGUAUAGGUAUGAGCGAUAGCGGUACCUUCCAAGAAGUCAGUGAAGAAUAUCAAGAAGGAUAUUAUGAGGGCUCUAACGAGGGCUCUAAUGAGGGAGAGGAGAUAGACAAUGUUGAGGGAGGAGAGGAAGUUCAGGACGAUAGAGAACAACACUAUGGGAAUAUGCAGCAGCGUCAGCGUGGUUUAAGCCCUAUUGAUGAGGAAGGUAGUGUUUCUGAGGCCGGGUCCUUCUUUACGCCUAACGGUAGCCCUAGCCGAGUUCGAUGGCCUACUGGAACACAGCAGAGACAUGGUAUAUUUACUCCAAGAGCAACCAGGUCGCCUAGCUCCGGUUAUAUACCUCAGGGAAAUAGAGACCAGGCCCGGCGCAUGCCGGAAACGCCAAACAACCGGCGUAUACUGCACCUCAACCGGGGCAAUCAACAACGGACACCACAGCCCAGCCAGGGUAACCAACCCAACCAAGGCGGCCAGCAACGACAGACACUACAGUUCAACCAGGGUAGUCAGCAGCGGCAGACACCGCAAUCCAACCGCUCCAACCGCUCUAACCAGGGUAACCAACCCAAUCAGGGCGGCCAGCAACGACAGACACCGCAAUCCAGCCAGGGUAGUCAGCAGCGGCAGACACCGCAAUCCAACCGCUCCAACCGCUCUAACCAGGGUAACCAACCCAAUCAGGGCGGCCAGCAACGACAGACGCCACAGUCCAGCCAGGGUAGUCCGCAGCGGCAGACACCACAGUCCAACCAACCCAACCAGGGCGGCCAGCAACGACAGACACCACAGUCCAGCCAGGGUAGUCAGCAACGACAGACACCACAGUCCAACCAACCCAACCAGGGCGGCCAGCAACGACAGACACCGCAAUCCAGCCAGGGUAGUCAGCAGCGGCAGACACCGCAAUCCAACCGCUCCAACCGCUCUAACCAGGGUAACCAACCCAAUCAGGGCGGCCAGCAACGACAGACGCCACAGUCCAGCCAGGGUAGUCCGCAGCGGCAGACACCACAGUCCAACCAACCCAACCAGGGCGGCCAGCAACGACAGACACCACAGUCCAGCCAGGGUAGUCAGCAACGACAGACACCACAGUCCAACCAACCCAACCAGGGCGGCCAGCAACGACAGACACCGCAAUCCAGCCAGGGUAGUCAGCAGCGGCAGACACCGCAAUCCAACCGCUCCAACCGCUCUAACCAGGGUAACCAACCCAAUCAGGGCGGCCAGCAACGACAGACACCGCAAUCCAGCCAGGGUAGUCAGCAGCGGCAGACACCGCAAUCCAACCGCUCCAACCGCUCUAACCAGGGUAACCAACCCAAUCAGGGCGGCCAGCAACGACAGACGCCACAGUCCAGCCAGGGUAGUCCGCAGCGGCAGACACCGCAGUCCAACCGCUCCAACCGCUCUAACCAAGGUAACCAACCCAACCAGGGCGGCCAGCAACGACAGACACCACAGUCCAACCAACCCAAUCAGGGCGGCCAGCAACGACAGACGCCACAGUCCAGCCAGGGUAGUCCGCAGCGGCAGACACCGCAGUCCAACCGCUCCAACCGUUCUCACCAGGGUAAUCAACCCAACCAGGGCGGCCAGCAGCGACAGACACCACAGUCCAGCCAGGGUAGUCAGCGGCGGCAGACACCGCAAUCCAGCCGCUCUAACCGACCCAACCAACCAAAUCUUGACAAUCAGCGGCAACGGACACCGCAAUCAGGCCAGGGCAGCCGCCAAAACCAAGGUAACCAAAUCGAUAAUCGCAGUACGGAAUCAAACAUGGCCAUACCUGAGGGCAACCAGGGUCCGAUUGGACGCCGUCGGCCCCGAGGUCAGCCCCGCCCCGCAGACCGUACCAUACCGACACGACGUAGCACUCGACUUGCUAGUGUCCAAGCACCGCCUUAA